AUGACUUCUACAGGCCCAACAGCGGCCACAGUAAUCGCUACAGAUUUUACGCUGAUUGCAAUCGCUGCAGCUUUGAUUAUUGCUCGGCUCUACUUACGCUUGAGCAUUCAGAAACUCUCUCUAAAAACAAGCGACUAUCUCAUAUGCGCUGCAUGGAUAUUUUCAGUAGCAAACGCAUCUUUUAAUAUCGUAUUUUACAAACUGGGAGCCUCGUAUCCAGAUGUGACUGUUGCACUGGAAGGUUUUGAUCCUCACGAUGCUGAGCUCAUAUACAAGUUGCAAUGGGCGGCUCUAUUCCCGUUCUAUUCAUCGUUUUACCUAAGUAAGGCGACUCUUCUCACGCUAUAUAGCCAUUUUUUCCCAGCAUUUAUGAAGACGAGGCGAAAGAUUCUGUGGGCAACCAUGGCAUAUUGCGCUGCAGCGUACAUCACGACUGUGGCAGUGAAUUGCCUGAUUUGUAAACCAAUAGAAGGAAAUUGGUAA